GGGAGACCGGAUAUAGUGAAUGCAGGGGUCCGGGGAGACCAGAUAUAGUGAAUGCCGGGUCCGGGGAGACCGAUAUAUAGUGAAUGCGGGUCCGGGGGAACCUGGAUAUAUAGUGAAUGCAGGGGUCCGGGGAGACCGGAUAUAGUGAAUGCAGGGGGUCCUGGGAGACCGGAUAUAGUGAAUGCAGGGUCCGGGGAGACCGGAUAUAGUGAAUGCAGGGUCCGGGGAGACCGGAUAUAGUGAAUGCCGGGGUCCGGGGAGACCGGAUAUAGUGAAUGCAGGGUCCGGGGGUCCGGGAGAUCGGGAUAUAGUGAAUGCAGGGUCCGGGGAGACCAGAUAUAGUGAAUGCCGGGUCCGGGGAGACCAGAUAUAUGAAUGCAGGGUCCGG